AUGGAGAGUGGGGGGCUUACCUGGGGCAUUGAUGAUGAUGUGCUAUGGGGUGUCAACACCAACAGUGAGACAGGGGGCAUGCCAAUGACAAGGGUGGCAUGGACAGAUCCCACCUCAAUGAUGAGCAUGGGACAGAUGGGACAGAGGGAGUGCACUACAGACAGAUUGUGUGGCAAUGAUGAGGGAGGGAGGGAGGCAAUCAUGGUUGAUGAUGAGGAAGAAGUGGAAGAAAGAAAUGACAACCAGUUCCAGAAAAUUUUCAAUGUGCCUAGGCCCAAGCAUGUGCACACCGAUCACAUGCUUCUUGUUUUCCACAGCUCACACAACACAGUACAUCCCUUCUACUUUCAAUCUUCCCCAGGCCCUACCUCUACACCCACAUCCAUACCAAUACCCCACAUGUCCUGCAUCCUCAACAACACUGCCAGCACCUGUGCAUCCCUGCAUCCUCAACAUGACCACAGCACACCAGACCCUACAUGUCCCUUCAACCUCAACAACAACAAUGGUACAUCAGACCCUGCAUGUCCCUUUGUCCUCAACAAUAACAACAGUACAAUGGAUCCUCUGCAUCCCUUCAUCCUUGAUAACAAUGACAGUACAUCAAUACAUCAGUACAUCAGGGACUUCAACAAUGUCAAGACCACACAUCUGGUGUCCUUGAUGGCCAGAACCAAACAGACUGCCAAGAAGGUAACUGGGGGCCAUGCCCCAAGGCUCAACCUUUUCACCCUCCAGAAGAAAAAUGCACAGGCAAAGGUGGCUUCAAAGAGGCCUGUCAAAAAGAUCAAGUUGCAGCCUGGUACAAAUUCUGGAUGGUGGAAAGAUGUGGAUUUGUCAGGAGAGAGGAUGUUACAGAGUGCCCCUGUAGAGGAUUUGCAGAAGGUGCAACAAGACCAUGUCAAAUUCAAGUGUGUCUGUUGUCACUGGAAGCAAACCAGAGGUGAACCAAAGCCCUACCUUGCUUUUUACUCCAAAGGGGAACCUGCCCUUCCCAAUCCCCCUCACCCCAAAGGUGUCUUUGAGCAUGCCACUGCAUCCCAGAUGGCAUCCCUCCCCACAGCACUGGUGCAUCUUCACCUGGAGACUCUACAGGUUGGCCAAGCCCAAGUCAACAUGCUUAAUGACUUUCUCCAUGCCUAUUUUCCUAACAAAGCCUACUCCUUCUCCAAGUUACCUUUUAACCUGGCUACCCAAGAUUCCCAGGCUACAUACCAAAAGGCAGCAACAAGCCUGGCCACCUCCCUCUCCUCUUAUCCAAUGGUGGUCCUUUUCCUCACCACUUACAGUGAUGAAGACAGGAGUGAUCUCUUUGCUGGUUAUGAUGAGGAUAACAACCCCCAUGCAUCUCAAGUCUUUCAGGUUCUCCAACUCCUUCUUACCCCCCUUGCUGAGAUUAUAGAGGGAGCUGACAUGGUGUUCUAUAUCUGUGGUUCUGUGGUUACAGAGGCACAGAGCUUCAAUGGGGUAAAACAGGCUGCCAAACUGCAAGUUUCCUCCUUUGAUGCUGACUCAUCCCUGACACUUGCUAGUUUCAAGCCAAGGUCCAUCCUCCUCUUUGAUGCUCCAAGGCUCCAAUCCCUACAAUGGCACCCUACCUCCAGAGUCUCCUGGACAAAACUGUGA